AUGGCUUCUGCUGCAAGCGGUGCGAAUCUUGUCAAGUACUUCUUUUAUGAAGCGGUUUCACGCGAGCUGCAAAGACGUCGCUUGUGGCUCUUGCUUAUGCAACUGCACGGGACCUGGAGAUUGCGCCAUGUGCUGUCCUUAUCCGGUUCGUCAUGCCCAAUGUUCCAGGAUUUGACCCGCGACCUGCGCAUCAUCCUUUGUGCUACCAAUGGCAAAAAUGGCCAAGAGGCAAUUACUGACUUGAAACACAGGUCGGCCCUACACAACACGACCAGUGCUGGCGGCAAGCACGUCCCUGACCCAAAAGGCUGGCAUGUAACGAUCGCCUUUAAAACGCGUGAUCAGGAUGACCGGGAGGUCCACGUCGCUUCACAUGGCUACACGAUCGGGAAAGACAACUACACCCUGAAGGAAGCAACUCACACAUCGGAGAAAUCGGACUCGUUCCCUCGUGGCGGCAAACGCUCGGGUAAGGUUGUUUGGCCUGGUGAAGAAUUACUCGAAGAGUAUGAAGACAGCCCAAUUGCUCACUCUCACCUUUCCAACUAG